UAUCGCACCCUUCCGUCUCCCUACACAACAGUUUUCCAAUGAAGUUUGCAAUGACAUUUCCACUUAAAAUCGUCCUCUCCUCCUUUGAACAGUCGUCACGUCCGGUUCUCGUUGCACGAGCAGUUCGAGUCUUCCAAUGAUCAGUCUAUUGCGGCAUUGCCUUGUCAGUUAGUUGACUAUUACAUGUCACAAUCGAAGUAUAGGCACGUUUAACGCCUUACUGGCUUUUAAUGAAUGUGACACGAAGGAGCCGACAUGAAUGGUGAAGCACGCGGACUGUAACCUUAGCGGUCUUGAUUUCUGCAAAAGUCAUGUCAUUCGGAACAGCGACAACCACGAUAUUCAAAACGGUAACUGUUGGGCAACAUUCACUGAUGGACAUGGAGUCUGCAUUAUGUCCCUCGUCCAAUCAGAACGGCUGCAUCCUGAACCCACUUCCUGUCUCCGAGACCAAACAGGAACAGGAAGUAGCUCCACCUCCCUGUCUGAGGGUGCACCUGUACCACCUGGGCCAGGGCGGAGCCAACAGCCAAGACCUCACCUACCCGGCAGGGGACUAUGUGGCUGAGGAGCUGUGCAUCGACGCGGCCAAGGCAUGCGGCCUGUCACCGUUGUACUGCAGCCUGUUUGGCCUGAUGAGGGAGAGCGACCGCAUGUGGUUCCCACCCAAUCACAUCCUCAAACUCGACCAAUCAGCAAAUGACAGUCUCCUCUUCAGAGUGAGGUACUACUUCCCUGGCUGGUAUGGAGGCUCCUGUUCCCACCGCUAUGGGGUCAACAAGGGAUUGGACAGCCCGGUGUUCGACGAUACCGUCAUGUCCUACCUCUUCGCUCAGUGGCGUAGUGACUUUGUGCAUAGCUGGGUGAUUAUCCCAGUGGACCAUGAGACCCAGGAGGAGUGUCUUGGCAUGGCUGUGUUGGACAUGAUGAGGAUGGCUAAGGAGAGUAGCCAGUCCCCUGUGGACAUCUAUAACGACACCAGCUAUAAGUCGUUCCUGCCCAAGGACAUACGUGCCCAUAUCCAAGAGUACCACUUUGUGACCCGGAAGAGGAUCCGCCAUCGCUUCAGGAAGUUCAUCCAGCAGUUCAGCCAGUGUAAAGCCACGGCUCGUGACCUCAAGCUCAAAUACCUGGUGAACCUGGAGACGCUGCACCCAGCCUUCUACUCAGAGUGCUUCCGUGUCACUGAGUCCUUGGAAGGAGAGGUCACCAUCGUCGUCACAGGAAACAACGGCAUCCAGUGGUCCCGGGAGGAGGAUAAGGAGGCAGACAAGGGUUUCCAGACGUACUGUGAUUUCCCUGAAGUUAUUGACAUCAGCAUCAAACAAGCCAACAAGGAUGGCUCUAUCGAGAGUCGCAUCGUCACCAUCAACAGACAGGACAGUCAGACUCUGGAGCUGGAGUUCCGUUCCCUGUCGGAGGCUCUGUCCUUUGUGUCUUUGGUGGAUGGCUACUACCGGCUCAUAGCAGACGCUCACCACUUCCUGUGUAAAGAGGUGGCGCCCCCUAGGCUGCUGGAGGCCAUUCAGAGUUACUGCCAUGGUCCAGUCUCGAUGGACUUUGCUAUCGGUAAGCUGCGGCGGUCUGGGAAUCACAAGGGUCUGUACAUCCUCCGUAGCAGCCCUAAGGACUACAACAAAUACUUCCUGUCUUUUGUAGUGGGCUGUGACAGCCUAGUUGAGUACAAGCACUGCCAGAUCGUGAAGACAGAUCAGGGAGACUACAUCCUCUCUGGGGCCACGAAGAGUUUUGCUUCUCUGAGGGAGCUGCUCCACCGCUACCAGAAGGAAGCUCUGCGCUCUGACGGAUACAUCUUCCAGUUCACCAAGUGCUGCCCGCCUAAAGCGAAAGACAAGUCUAACCUGUUGGUGUGCCGCAGUAACCAGGGUGCUGAGGUUCCCCUGUCCCCCUCUCUGCACAGACACAACAUCAGCCAGAUGGUCUUCCACAAGAUACGCAAGGAGGAUCUUGUCAUUAAAGACAGUCUGGGUCAGGGGACGUUUACUAAGAUCUUCUGUGGCGUGAGGAAGGAGCUGGGAGACUACGGAGAGAUUCACCAGAUGGACGUCCUUGUUAAGAUCCUGGAUAAGGCUCACCGAAACUACUCUGAGUCGUUCUUUGAAGCCGCCAGUAUGAUGAGCCAGCUAUCCCAUAAGCACCUGCUCCUCACCUAUGGCGUGUGUGUCUGCGGAGAGGAGAACAUGAUGGUGCAGGAAUAUGGGAAGUUUGGCUCCCUGGAUACAUACCUGAAGAAGAAGAAGAGCUCUGUGAACAUCACCUGGAAGCUAGAGGUGGCCAAGCAGCUGGCCUGGGCUAUGCAUUACCUGGAGGACAAGAGCCUGGUCCAUGGGAACGUGUGUGCCAAGAACGUCCUGUUGAUCCGAGAGGAGGACAGGAAGACUGGGAACCCCCCCUUCAUCAAACUGAGUGACCCUGGAAUCAGCAUCACUGUGCUGCCCAAAGAUGUCCUUGUGGAGCGCAUCCCCUGGGUACCUCCAGAGUGUUUAGAGGAGGACAGACAUCUGACUCUGGCUACAGAUAAGUGGGCCUUCGGCACCACUCUGUGGGAGAUCUGUAGUGGAGGAGAAAGGCCACUCAGCACACUGGACUGCUCCAAGAAACGUCUGUUCUAUGAAGACCAUCACCAGCUGCCUGCUCCUAAGUGGACAGAGCUGGCCAACCUGAUCAACAGCUGUAUGGACUAUGAGCCGUCCAACAGACCCUCCUUCAGAGCUGUUAUCAGAGACCUCAACAGCCUCUUCACACCUGACUAUGAGUUGCUGGUGGAGAGUGACAUGGUGCCCAACAGGGCCAGAGGGUUUGGGUUCCCAGGGGCCUUUGAGAAUCAAAACCCUGCUCAGUUUGAAGAGAGACAUCUCAUCUUCCUCAAGCAGCUGGGCAAGGGUAACUUUGGCAGUGUGGAGAUGUGUAGGUAUGACCCUCUGCAGGAUAACACUGGGGAGGUUGUGGCAGUCAAGAAGCUGCAGCACAGCACAGCAGAACACCUCCGAGACUUUGAACGGGAGAUAGAGAUCCUCAAGUCCCUUCAGCAUGACAACAUCGUCAAGUACAAGGGAGUGUGUUACAGUGCUGGCCGGAGGAACCUGCGUCUCAUCAUGGAGUACCUCCCCUACGGCAGUCUGAGGGACUACCUCAUCAAGAACAAGGCCCGCUUCGACUACAAGAAGCUCCUGCACUACGCCUCACAGAUCUGCAAGGGCAUGGACUACCUGGCGACCAAACGCUACAUCCACCGUGACUUGGCCACGCGUAACAUCCUGGUAGAGAGUGAGCUGAGGGUGAAGAUAGGAGACUUUGGCCUUACCAAGGUCCUGCCUCAGGACAAGGACUACUACACUGUCAGAGAGCCGGGAGAGAGCCCCAUCUUCUGGUAUGCCCCAGAGUCUCUGACAGAGAGUAAGUUUUCAGUGGGCUCUGACGUGUGGAGCUUUGGAGUGGUCCUCUAUGAGCUGUUCAGUGACAAGAACUGCAGUCCUCCGGCAGCGUUCAUGGAUAAGAUGGGCCGUGACAAGCAGGGUCAGAUGAUAGUGUAUCACCUCAUAGAUCUCCUGAAGAAAGGAUACAGACUGCCUGCUCCCCAGGGAUGCCCUGAGGAGAUCCAGCACAUGAUGACCGAGUGCUGGAACAUUGACCCAGCCCUGCGGCCCACCUUCGAGAAGUUAGCCCAGACCGUGGACAUGUUCCGGGACAGUAAGGAGGGCUGAGGAACCCUUCCUGGAGGCCUCUGCUGGAGGCGCCUGGCCCAGCCCACACCGAUCACCUGGGUUGUGUUCAUUAGGCACCAAACGGACUGAAAGGGAUUACCUGGACUUGUCCAAUAAGAAACGCUCAGUUUCCUUUUCUGUUGCAAAGCGCUUUGCUACGGUGUGCCCUAAUGAAUACAUCCCUGACGACGCCUCAACUCUAAAAGACGACGACAUUGAAGUCACCUGACCCAACCGUCUUCUGGAGCAGAGCGCAGAAAACGGGGGAGUAUUACCAAUGGUAUUCUGGGACAAAGUCUCAAAAAUGGUCUACUUUGUGAUCUAACCUAGCCACUUUCUCAGGGAUUCUGGGGAUCUCUGAAAUUACCAUAUGCUGUUACUUUGUUGCCGUCAUUUCUCCAUUUGGAGAUGUUUUCACUGUUUGACUUCUUUCAGACUCUGACUCUCUCCAGCACAGAACACCCAGCUGUUGAUGAUGUGUUAACGGCAACACAGAACACCCAGCUGUUGAUGAUGUGUUAACGGCGACACAGAACACCCAGCUGUUGAUGAUGUGUUAACGGCAGCACAGAACACCCAGCUGUUGAUGUGUUAACGGCAACACAGAACACCCAGCUGUUGAUGAUGUGUUAACGGCAACACAGAACACCCAGCUGUUGAUGAUGUGUUAACGGCGACACAGAACACCCAGCUGUUGAUGAUGUGUUAACGGCAGCACAGAACACCCAGCUGUUGAUGUGUUAACGGCAACACAGAACACCCAGCUGUUGAUGUGUUAACGGCAACACAGAACACCCAGCUGUUGAUGUGUUAACGGCAACACAGAACACCCAGCUGUUGAUGUGUUAACGGCAACACAGAACACCCAGCUGUUGAUGUGUUAACGGCAACACAGAACACCCAGCUGUUGAUGUGUUAACGGCAACACAGAACACCCAGCUGUUGAUGUGUUAACGGCAACACAGAACACCCAGCUGUUGAUGAUGUGUUAACGGCAACACAGAACACCCAGCUGUUGAUGAUGUGUUAACGGCAACACAGAACACCCAGCUGUUGAUGAUGUGUUAACGGCAACACAGAACACCCAGCUGUUGAUGAUGUGUUAACGGCAGCACAGAACACCCAGCUGUUGAUGAUGUGUUAACGGCAACACAGAACACCCAGCUGUUGAUGUGUUAACGGCGGCACAGAACACCCAGCUGUUGAUGUGUUAACGGCAACACAGAACACCCAGCUGUUGAUGUGUUAACGGCAACACAGAACACCCAGCUGUUGAUGUGUUAACGGCAACACAGAACACCCAGCUGUUGAUGAUGUGUUAACGGCAACACAGAACACCCAGCUGUUGAUGAUGUGUUAACGGCAACACAGAACACCCAGCUGUUGAUGAUGUGUUAACGGCAGCACAGAACACCCAGCUGUUGAUGUGUUAACGGCAGCACAGAACACCCAGCUGUUGAUGAUGUGUUAACGGCAACACAGAACACCCAGCUGUUGAUGAUGUGUUAACGGCAGCACAGAACACCCAGCUGUUGAUGUGUUAACGGCAACACAGAACACCCAGCUGUUGAUGAUGUGUUAACGGCAACACAGAACACCCAGCUGUUGAUGAUGUGUUAACGGCAACACAGAACACCCAGCUGUUGAUGAUGUGUUAACGGCAACACAGAACACCCAGCUGUUGAUGAUGUGUUAACGGCAGCACAGAACACCCAGCUGUUGAUGAUGUGUUAACGGCAGCACAGAACACCCAGCUGUUGAUGAUGUGUUAACGGCAGCACAGAACACCCAGCUGUUGAUGAUGUGUUAACGGCAACACAGAAGGCACGUGAGGGAAAGCAACACAGAAUAUGUACUGUACAGUUGGUAAAGGAUGGUCAACUGCCUUCUUCCUGAACUCAAGUGGAUUAUGUCAAACCACAUUUCUCUUUUUCACCUAAGGGAAGAACUAAUAAAGCAAUACUGCUUUUAGAGACACAAAGCCGUGGGAGGAAAGGGUGAUGAAAAAACAAUGAAGGGACAUGUUUGACAAAGGGUGCAACCUUUAUUUUAUUUUUUCUCUAAGCACCCGCCUACUUAUCGUCGUACCCUGAAAUCUUGGGCUCUUGCAAAGUAACAUGCAGAAGGAAUUGUUGACUUAUGUGCUUCCCCUUUUAUAAUAUUCUAUAACGUGACAAGUCUAGGAUGCUGUGCACUGCCAGUUGGAAAAUGUCUUCGUUAUAGUGUCGCUACAUAGCAAUAUUUGGAAUGAGACUGACUAAAUGGUGUCGGUGAAAGCAUCAACAGACGAGAAGUGCAGAGAUGAGGUGGAAUUUCAGUUCAUGGACAUUUAAGUAGGUUUGCAGGUUAGCCUAGCGGUUAGAGCAAACGGUCUCUGGUUCGAUUAUCCAAGCCGACAAGGUGAAAAACUGUGCCCUUGAGCGAAGUACUUCAUUUACUCCAGGGGCGUUGUACUACUGUGGUUAAAACAACACAUUUCACUACUCCUAUCUGGUGUGUAACAAAACACAUAGUGCCCCCUUGUGACAAAACACAUAGUGACCCCCUGUGACAAAACACAUAGUGCCCCCCUGUGACAAAACACAUAGUGCCCCCCUGUGACAAAACACAUAGUGCCCCCCUGUGACAAAACACAUGUCCUGUCCUGUGACCUGUCCAUACAGAGUCAUCGUGAAGAACAUGCCCAUAGAGAUGCAAUGUAAUGCUGUCUUUAAUUCUGUCAGAGUGACUCUAUGAUCUGUAACUGUAAAGCAGCAAUGUGGGCUGACAGGCUUUGUUUGUCCCACUACUCUAUUGUAAUAAUGGAGUUUAAUCCAGCGAUCAUCGACUAGAUCCAGAAGCAGGCCGAUAUGUUUUGGUUUUCUUCUUGAGCGGAUGGUCAGAGGGUUGGAACAUAAUUACAAAUAAUUUGUGAACAGCAAAUUGACCGCAAGAAGCACAAACAGAUGUUUGUCUAAAACAUAAUAAUGUCAAACCUUCCUUAAAUUUGUAUACGAUCACAUUGUGUCUAUUAUGCAUGAUGGUAAUACAGAUUUCUUACACAUUUUUUUAAAACAUUUUUGCUCAGAAUAAAACCACCCAUGGUUCAAAUUUGGCCCACGGGCCGCCAGUCGGGGAACCCUGGUUUAAUCUGUCUGCUUGUUUGUUGCUGUCUACCUUUUAUUGAAUGUUAUGGUAGCUGUGCUGACAGUCAUACAUGAUGCCGUCAUGUCAAGGUCAGGGUUUUGUGUGAACAAGUUUUUUUUUUCAUAAAAAAUCAUAACAGGAUCAUGAAGAAGUGGGAAGUAUUUAGAAAAAAAAUAUACAAGUCAGUAUUUCCCUGUGUUUGCGUGUUGAAUGUAAAUCUGCUGUUGUUGAAUAUGAAUAAUAAUCCAUAGGCUAAAUUGAUUGUAAACUAUCAGCUAUUUUAUAUCAAAGCAGUCAAUGUUAUUGCAGAACUGGUCAGAAAUGGCUUUUGUUGCUUUGGGCAACCUUCAUGUUUUUUAUUUAUAGGAGAGCCACUAUUAAAGUUGAACUGCAAUGUUAUUUGGUUGUAGUCAUCCUGUCUUGCCUCACAUUAAACAUAUUAGAUUGA